ACUUCUGGAACAUAAUCAAACACUCCAGAAGUCUCUAGCCAGCUCUGAUACUUUCUUUCGUAAAUUCUCGAACUCACUCUGAAAUUUCUAACGGUGACAAUAAAUUGCGUUCCCGGUUCUCUCUCUCCUCGCUCAUAGUUACUGCACAUACGAAACUACUCUACAAACACAACAAAACUCUCCAAUUCUGAAGAUUUUCUUAUCUCUUGUCUUUGAAACUAGAAGCUCCGUGAUUGAUCAAUGGCGACAAAAGAAGGCAAAGCCAUAGGCAUAGACCUCGGCACGACCUACAGCUGCGUGGGCGUGUGGCAAAACGACCGCGUUGAGAUCAUCCCCAACGACCAAGGCAACAGAACCACCCCCUCCUAUGUCGCCUUCACCGACACCGAGAGGCUCAUCGGAGACGCCGCGAAGAACCAAGUCGCGAUGAACCCGCAGAACACCGUCUUCGACGCCAAGCGUUUAAUCGGUCGCAGAUUCUCAGACUCUCCUGUUCAAAACGACAUGAAGCUGUGGCCGUUUAAGGUCGUGGCGGGACCGGGCGACAAGCCCAUGAUCGUGGUCAAUUACAAAGGCGAGGAGAAGAAAUUCUCUGCGGAGGAGAUAUCUUCAAUGGUGUUGGUGAAGAUGAGAGAAGUAGCAGAGGCGUUUCUCGGACACGCGGUGAAUAACGCGGUUAUCACUGUCCCUGCUUACUUCAACGACUCUCAGAGGCAGGCGACGAAGGACGCAGGGGCAAUUUCGGGUUUGAAUGUGUUGAGGAUUAUCAAUGAACCUACCGCUGCUGCCAUCGCGUAUGGAUUGGAUAAGAAGGCUUCGAGAAAAGGUGAACAGAACGUGCUUAUUUUCGACCUUGGUGGUGGCACUUUUGAUGUUUCGAUAUUGACCAUCGAGGAGGGGAUUUUCGAAGUGAAGGCCACUGCUGGUGAUACUCAUCUUGGAGGUGAAGAUUUUGAUAACAGAAUGGUGAAUCACUUUGUUUCUGAAUUCAGAAGGAAGAACAAGAAGGACAUUAGUGGGAAUGCUAGAGCGUUGAGAAGGUUGAGGACAGCGUGUGAGAGAGCAAAGAGAACACUCUCUUCUACCGCGCAGACAACUAUUGAAAUCGAUUCUUUAUACGAAGGGAUUGAUUUCUAUGCUACAAUCACGAGGGCGAGGUUUGAGGAAAUGAACAUGGAUUUGUUCAGGAAGUGCAUGGAGCCGGUGGAGAAGUGUUUGCGUGAUGCCAAGAUAGACAAGAGUCAUGUUCAUGAGGUUGUGCUUGUUGGAGGGUCCACUAGGAUCCCCAAGGUUCAGCAACUCUUGCAGGAUUUCUUCAAUGGGAAAGAGCUUUGCAAGAGCAUUAACCCCGAUGAAGCUGUUGCAUACGGUGCUUCAGUUCAAGCUGCCAUCUUGAGCGGUGAAGGAGACGAGAAGGUUCAGGAUUUGUUGCUGCUGGAUGUUACACCUCUCAGUCUCGGGCUCGAAACUGCGGGUGGUGUUAUGACUGUACUAAUUCCGCGGAACACUACAAUUCCCACCAAGAAGGAGCAGAUUUUCUCAACCUAUUCCGAUAACCAACCCGGGGUGUUGAUCCAAGUGUUCGAAGGAGAACGAGCUAGAACAAAGGACAACAAUCUUCUUGGGAAGUUUGAGCUUACUGGGAUCCCUCCAGCACCAAGAGGAGUGCCUCAGAUCAAUGUCUGCUUCGACAUCGACGCUAACGGGAUUCUGAAUGUCUCUGCAGAGGACAAGACUGCUGGUGUGAAGAACAAGAUCACGAUCACCAACGACAAGGGUAGGCUGAGCAAGGAGGAGAUUGAGAAGAUGUUGAAGGAUGCAGAGAGGUACAAGGCGGAGGAUGAAGAGUUGAAGAAGAAGGUGGAGGCGAAAAACUCGCUUGAGAACUACGCGUAUAAUAUGAGAAACACAAUAAAGGAUGAGAAGAUUGGAGAGAAGUUGAGCCCGGAUGAGAAGGAGAAGAUUGAGAAGGCUGUGGAGGAUGCGAUACAGUGGUUGGAGGGGAACCAGUUGGCGGAAGUGGAUGAGUUUGAGGACAAGCAGAAGGAGUUGGAAGGGAUCUGCAACCCCAUCAUUGCGAAAAUGUACCAGGGUGCUGCUGCUAGACCUGGUGGAGAUGUUCCUACGGGUGAUGAUGACAUGCCUGGUGCUGGUGGUGCUGGUUCUGGCGCGGGACCUAAGAUUGAAGAAGUUGACUAAGCUUGUGCAUGUGACUAACUCAAAAACUUUGGUUAGGUUCUUGUUAUUUGGUCUAAUAAUGUAAGUUUUAGUGAUGAUGUAAGGUUUCAGGAAUCGUGAAUAAGGUCUUUUUUGCUUCAUGUGAUGAGUGUAAUAUCAGAGAUGGAGUUGAGAUUAAUGUAAUUUUUUAUACAGUUUGGGCUUUUAAUGUAUGUUUUGAUUCAUAAAAACUUUGUUCCUUUCUACUUGAUCGAUUCCCCGGAGAAAA